AUGAUGGAUGGAGCUGGUGCUGCGGCUGGCACGGCUACGCCGGUUGCAGGCAGUUUUGCGAUGGAACCGUUCGACAAGGACAAGAGCAAAUGGGCGAGAUGGGUUAAGCGCUUAGAAGGCGGAUUCAGAAUGUUCAACGUACCGGUGAAUCGCCAUAAGGAUUACCUGCUACACUACAUGGGAGCUGCGACGUACGACAUACUUUGCGACCACAUCAGCCCGAUCGAACCGGAGACGAAAAGUUACGCUGAAAUUGUUACUACACUGGACGCAUUCUUUGAUCCGGAGCCACUGGAGAUGGUGGAGGUGUGGAAGUUCCGCACCCGGACGCAGAAGGAAGGCGAAACUGUGAAGGAGUUCGUUACGGAGCUGCAGCGGGAUGCGAAGUUUUGUAAGUUCGGCAACUAUUUGAAGACGGAGCUGCGAAACCAAUUGGUUUUCGGAUUGCGGUCGAAACGGAUUCGGUCGCGACUCAUCGAGGAGAAGGGCCUGACGUUUGAGAAGGCGUUGGAGAUCGCACUUUCGAUGGAAGCAUCGGGAGAAGGUGCGGAAAUGUUCGAGAAGCGAUCACAGGAUGUGAACUACACCGAGAGACGUCAAAUGAAGGUAACUAACACUACUAAAAAAAGAUGCUAUCGAUGCGGAAGUGAGGCCCACUUGGCGAAUGUUUGCCGGCAUAAAGAUACAAUCUGCAGUUUUUGCAAAAUGGCAGGACAUCUCCAACGGGUGUGCCUCAAAUCCAAAUCGCAGGGGGAAUCACUAAAAAUGGGAAAAGAUAACAAACAAAUGAAAAUCAAAAAGAAAAUGCAUACCAAUUUGAUCGAUGAGGGAGACUUGAGUGACGAUGUGAGGGAAGAGGGUUGCGAAACAGAAAUUGAUGAAGUCCUUACUCUUGAGAUUUGUAAAGUGGAUGAUAGGUCUGAAUCUUUGUCAAAGGUUAUCCUACCGCUAAAUGUGAAUUCCAGGGUCAUUAAAUUUGAGGUCGACUGUGGUUCCCCGGUUUCGCUCAUGAGCCUCAACGAUAAGAAGGUUUAUUUGGAUGAAUUGCCGUUGCUUGAGACCGAUGUGGAAUUAAGAAGUUACUGUGGGAACAAAAUUGAAGUUUGCGGUUAUGUGGAGGCGGAAGUACAGUACAACGGCAUGUCGAACUGUUUACGGUUGUUUGUAGUGAAUACGGAGCGUCAUCCUUUGCUGGGUCGGGAAUGGAUGCGGAAGAUGAAGGUCGAUUGGAAUGAGAUCAUCCGAAAUACUGUACCUUGUGUGGCAACUAUUGCGGUUCGUAAUCCUGGUAAAGCAUUGUCUGGUGCUGUGGGGGAUCUGAUUGGGCAAUUCCCUCGGGUAUUUGAUUCGUCGAUCGGUACAAUUCGGGAUGUCAAGGCUGCGUUACACCUAAAACCGGACAGCAAGCCGGUUUUUAUGAAGGCUCGUACAAUUCCCUUUGCAAUUCGUGAGACAGUAGAGCGUGAAAUUAGUAGCUUGGUGGAAAGUGGUAUUCUGAAGAAAGUGGAGCGCAGUUCUUGGGCUACUCCGGUUGUGCCGGUCAUGAAGUCUGCGGAUCGAGUACGUUUGUGCGGAGACUACAAGAUAACAGUUAACAAAUGCCUCUUGGUUGACGAACAUCCCUUGCCGACAAUUGAUGAGCUGUUCUCCAACAUGGCGGGUGGCAAGAAAUUUACAAAGCUGGACCUGGCGCAGGCCUACCUACAAAUGGAGGUUCGUGAGGAAGAUCGUGAGGUUCUCACCUUAAAUACACAUCUGGGUCUCUAUCAACCAACGCGGCUGAUGUAUGGGGUAUCUUCGGCUCCGGCGAUUUUUCAGCGGGAAAUUUCUCAGCUACUCGGUGAUAUUCCAGGGGUUUCAGUCUUCCUGGAUGACAUCAAGGUGACUGGUCCGGACGAUGAAACACAUCUACAACGAUUGGCUAUGGUUCUACAACGGUUGGAAGAGCACGGAUUGCGGUUGAACGUGGCGAAAUGUGAAUUCUUCGCGGAUCGCAUCGAAUAUUGCGGGUUCGUGAUUGAUAAGGAAGGAAUACGGAAAAUGAAGACAAAAGUGGAUGCUAUUCAGGAAAUGCCAAGGCCGAGCAACCGUGACCAGGUUCGGGCGUUUGUUGGUCUAAUCAAUUAUUACGGCCGGUUCAUGAAGAAUUUGAGCACCCAAAUUUACCCCAUCAACAACCUGUUAAAGGAGAAUGUACCGUUUCAGUGGGAUGAUGGUUGCGAAAAGGCAUUCCUUUGGGUAAAAAAGGAGAUGCAAUCGGAUAGAGUGUUGGUUCACUAUGAUCCAAAACUUCCACUGGUUCUGGCCACUGAUGCCUCACCUUACGGUGUGGGCGCAGUAUUGAGCCAUCUAUACCCGGAUGGUACAGAAAGGCCAAUUCACUACGCUUCCCAAACACUAAAUAGAUCACAACGAAAUUACAUUCAAGUUGACAAAGAGGCGUACGCAAUCAUAUUUGGGGUGAAAAAGUUUUACCAGUACCUCUUUGGGCGCAAAUUCAUCCUCGUAACCGAUAAUAAGGCCGUGUCUCAGAUUCUGGCGCCUCACAAAGGACUUCCGACUUUGAGUGCUUUACGGAUGCAGCACUAUGCUGUCUUCCUGGAGUCGUUCGAUUAUGAGAUACGAUUCCGCUCUUCAAAGGAAAACGCGAACGCGGAUGCAAUGUCUCGAUUGCCAAUCCUAGAUGAAAGGAAUCAGCAUCGGAUUGAAGAAGUGGAUCUUAUCGAGGUGAAUCAAAUUGAAACCUUACCUGUUACAGCUGAAGAGCUGGUUGAAUGCACUAAGGAGGACUCCAACGUGAAGAAUUUACUGCAAGGCUUGAAAGUGGGAAGGAAUGUUGAAGGGCGUGACAGGUUUGGCAUCAAUCAGAAUGAAUUCUCUAUUCAGAAGGACUGUCUGUUGAGAGGAAUACGAGUUUACAUCCCUCCUAAACUACGACGGCGAGUACUAGAAGAACUGCAUACGGGACACUUCGGCGUAUCUAGGAUGAAAUCCUUGGCUCGAUCGUACUGCUGGUGGAAGACUGUAGACCGCGACAUUGAGGAACUAUCUAGGAACUGCGUAGACUGUGCCAGAGUACGAAAGAAUCCUAUGAAGGUGGCACCACAUUGCUGGGAAAAGGCUACGGAACCGUUCCAGAGGAUCCACAUUGACUUUGCGGGGCCGUUUCUAGGACUGUAUUUUCUGGUGAUCGUGGAUUCGUACACGAAGUGGCCGGAAGUCAAGAUUAUCCCCGACAUGACGACAGACACCACCAUCGACCGUUUGCGAGAGUACUUUUCCACAUACGGAGUUCCAGCGAUUAUCGUCAGUGAUAGAGGAGUCCAGUUCACCUCGGAUCAGUUUCAGGCCUUUCUGAAACGAAACAACAUCACGCACAAAAUGGGAGCCCCGUAUCAUCCAGCUACGAACGGCCAAGCUGAACGAUUUGUUCAAACCUUCAAGGAAAAACUUAAGGCAAUGAAAUGUGAACGAAAGGAUGUGCAAUUCGAGCUUUACAAAAUUUUGAUGGCAUACCGUAGAACUGUACAUCCUGCAACGGAUAAAUCUCCAUCAAUGCUGGUAUUUGGAAGGCAGAUGAAAUCUAGGCUUGACUUUUUGGUUCCUUCGAGCGCACCAGAGAACUCUUCUUGUGGGGAAGAAGAGAGAGUACGAGGUUUCAAAGUUAACGAAAGGGUUUCUGCUCGGGACUUUUUGGGUUCGUCCAAGUGGCAAUUUGGUACGGUAAAGGAACGAUUGGGAAAACUCCAUUAUAUGAUCGAGUUGGACGAUGGAAGAAUCUGGAAGCGGCAUGUGGAUCAGAUCAGAGUGGGCCCUGCGCUUGGCCCUGCGGAGCAAAACAUUUGUGUCACUUCCGGUUCAGAAUAUUUCGAUAAACUGCGACGUACCCAAACGAAUUGUCGCUCAGGACUUCCACCUCACUUUGAAAACCCUGACAUUUCCGCAUCCCAAUCAACAACAGAUGUACCAACUCCCAAUAGGACACCGAAGCAAGUUGUGGGUGAGUCCGCUGAACCUUCAAGUUCGACUGUCGAAGGGGCUCUGAGCGAAAAUCGGGCAAAACCACAGAUAGUUGAAAAGUCAGUGCAAAAUUGUACACCUCGUAGAUCCACAAGAGUUCGAAAUCCACCAAAACGGCUUGACCUCUGA